ACCAUUUCUUUCAUCGUCAGUCAGAUCAACUUCUAUUACACCGAAAUACGAUGGCGGCACUCUGGAACCCAGAAGAAGUCCUUGACGUCCACCCUCGCGGCGAGCGCAUGACCUGCUCCGGGCUCAGUAAAGGCACCAAGAAAAACCAAUUCAAACCUUGUCAAAAUACCAUAUCAAAAUCGGACAGAGCCUUAGCGACACAAAUCGAGGACACACUCUCGAUGCUCGAUGUUGUGGCUCUUGGUGUCGAGGAGAAUAUUGUUAGUCGCCAACUGGAUCUCUUGGUGCGUUGUACGUUGUGUGCAGGUGUGCACCGAAGACAAGAAGCGCAAAUCGUCGCUACUACAGACAAGUUCAAGGAGUCUGUUCUGGACUUCGUGGCCGUGAACCAUCGACAGGGAGUUUUUGCGCUACAAGAAGAACGACCUCGAGUUGUUGUUGCGCAACGGCAACGAGUCAACCAGCAAGGAGCUCCUCGUGCUCAACCAGUCCCACUUCAUGCCCUAGCCCGUCCUUUGCGGCCCGUCAAUCAACGUGCCGAAGCUCGACCUCCUCCGCGGCAGCGCGAAGUACAUGUUGUACCACCCUCACCCGCUCCUGUAAACAGACAUCAGCUCGAACGCGAACGGCAAGCCCGUCUAGUAGACCAAGAAAGGCAACGUCGUCUAGCUGAGCAGCAGAGACAAGCUCAAGCUCAAACCCGUCUGGAUGAACAAGCAAGACAAGUUCGCGAGCAGGCUCGAUUUCGACGGAUCGACGCAGAGCGGGUUGCUGAAGAGGCCAGAGUAGCCCAGGCAAGACGGGUCCGCGACGAAACUGAACGCAGACGCGUUGAGGCAGAGCGAGUUGCUCAAGAAGAGCGGGCUGCACGAGGACGCUUCGCAGAACAAGCAAGACGAGUCCGCGAUGAAACUGAACGCAGACGCAUAGAGGCAGAACGAGUUGCCGAAGAGGCUCGAGCAGCCCAGAUCCGUGUCGACGAGCAAACAAGACGAGUCCGCGAGCAAGCUAAUCGCAUGCGCAUCGCACAAGAGAGAGCUGCCGAAGAAGCCCGAGCAGCCCAAACUCAUAUUGUAGAGCAGGCAAGGCGGAACCGCGACGAACUUGUACGCAGACGCCAGGAGCAACUUGCCGAAGAAGCAAGAGUAAACAGAGCCCCCGAAAUGAGAGAGCCUGACCGAUUCCCUGCCGUUGCCAGAUUAUCCCACGCACCUCAACCAGCACGAGAAGUCCGUCGCCAACCCCUAGAUGAAGACUGCUAUAUCUGCCACGAGUCCAUCGAUACUCCGGAAGAUGCUACUUGGUGUAGAGGCCAGUGUGGGAAGAAUGUUCAUCGGGAGUGUUUUGAGGGGUGGAGUAGGGUGCAGAGAGCUGAUGGGAGAAGGAUUACUUGUGGGUAUUGGUUAUUGUUGGGAUAUGGCUGUGGACGUUCAAGGGUGGCUUGA